AUGGUUCAGCGAACGUAUCAAUUAUAUCAGAGUAAACAUAUGGCGCUUCAUGAUGAAGAAGGCAGAAUAGUUUCCUAUUAUCGCCUAAUCGAGCUGCCGUCUUCAUUCUUGAGGCCAUGUCAAUCCAUUAAUGAUUUCUGCCGCGUCAUGCUGCUUUCGUUACAAAUCUUCGAAGCAUCCGGUGGUCAGGAUCACCUAAUAUUCCUGCUUUGGCAGCUUUUUCAGAUAGUUGGACACGUUUCCAGAGGAAUACGCUUCCCUUAUGAAGAAGACGGAAUAGCUUACUAUUAUUGCCUAUUCGAGCAGCCAUGUUCAGGGCCAUAUCGCUCCAAUACCAUGUCCUUUUUGUAUGCAUUCGAAGCGUCAGAUACACUCGAUACUACAAUUUACACGACUCUUAUUGCAUUAUUUAUGUACAGAUGUGCAGAAAAAUAUUUCCCAUGUUCAUCAAAUAGUGUUUGCUUUGUAAUUAUAAUCGUUGGUGGAAUAUUAGGAAUUAUGGUUAUAUUAUUAUCAAUUAAGAUUUUAUCGAGCAAUAGAGAGACACGCUUGGAUACUAAUGAAUCAGUGAUGGCGGCAAUAACAACAUUGGUUGAUAUGAAUCAAUUAUUAAUUAAUCGGACAAUAUUGUACAAGGCUAUCCAAAUGAAUAAACUUGCUAUUCGCAAACAAAAGCCGAUUCUUUUGCAAUUUAAAGAGACCAGUGAUGACGCAAUUAUUAGAAAACUAUCGAAUCUUGGUGUGGGCUCUGGAAGCACUAACGUGGUCGUAUAUGGCAACAGUUUAGCUCUUGCAGCAUUCUAUUAUAUAGCUCAAGCAUUUUCGCCAUCCAGAAUCCAUCGCAUUGUGCUACUUAGCGCACCCGGAUGCCUACCGAUGUACGACACAGAAUCAUUCCAUAGAUGGCCGAAUUGCUCGCUUUUUGCGAAUGAAGCACUAAGAAUAAUUAGUGAAUUCAAACCUGACGUCGUUUUUUUAAAUUUCAAAUUUCACCAGCCACUCGAUUCGCCCAUAAAGAACAUUUCUGACGAUAUUGUCGUUUAUAAGCUGCAAAAAACUAUUAAUGAUAUUAUGAAACAUACGAAAAGAAUAGUCUUCACAUAUCCUCAUCCCCACUUGCGCGUUAUUGUGGGCCCACAAAUUAUUUACGAUAGGCUUAUCAGAAAAGUGCCAAUCACCGAUCUCAAUAUGCCUUUUACUCAUUUUUUAAAAUAUUCUGCAAAUGCUUAUCGACGAGUUAAUGCUCUCAUAUGCAAGAAAUGCGAUUAUGUGUUCAGCUACCGAUUUUUUUGCUAUGAUAAUAUUUGUUAUUCUUACGAUCCAAAAACAUAUGUGAUUUAUUAUCAAGACGGUGCGCAUUUGGGACUACAUGGAAUCGAAUUUUUAACACCUUAUUAUAGAGAAAUUGCCGAUGAACUUUAUGCGAAAGCGUAUAUAUAA